CUUUCUCUCUCCAUUCUGAUCUCUGCUCUAGUUAUUAGUAGGAGUAGAAGUUCAGUUGGGGUGGGGUCUUCACAAUAUUCAGACAGCUAUUGCUAAUUACAGCUUUUGUCCCCACGCCCUCUCAGCACCUCAUUCAUGGCUGCCCCCAACUCUAACUCUCUCCCUCUUUACAUUCCUCACCAGCCCACUUGUGUUUUUUUCCAUUCUUUCCAGUCUUCACGUUCACAUUGCAGCUAUAGCUAGUCUCUGAGCUGGGAUUUUUUUCCAAGACUACUCCUUUUUUGCUUUGAAACCCUUUUGUUUCUUUUCUUGCAUUUUGUUUUCCCCCUUUUUUAGUGCCUCACUCAGUUUGGAAGUGGUAUGAGAGCAAAAGGGGCAGGAAUGAGCGGAGGGGAGCCUCAAAGUUCCAAUUUUUAUCUUCAUUCUGUGUUCUUGCUACUUCUUUGCUUAUUUACAUCGUGUUGCAGUUCAUCAAGUUAUAUCAAAAGUUCUGUGAUAGCUCAAAGAAAACAUGCCCUCUUGCCUGAAAUAUCUCCCAGUGAAGCUCCUCAGCCCCUUCUUCCUCUCCUGGCACCUUCUCCAUUUUCACCAUUCACCAACAGCAGUAUACCAAUACUAUCUGGAGUCUGCAUAUUAAACUUUGCGGCCAUGGAAAGCAUGAUGAGGAUGACAUCAAUUGAUUGUGUGGGUGGUUUUGCACCAUAUCUAGCUAAUGUUAUAUGCUGCCCUCAAGUAGAUGCCACUCUUACUGUCCUUGUUGGUCAAUCUAGUAAGGACACCAAUAUGCUUGCUUUAAAUGGAACUCUUGCAGAACCCUGCCUUUCUGAUUUUGAGCAAAUUCUAGUGGGUCAGGGUGCCAAUGACACUCUGCCCCGUAUAUGCUCCAUCCAUCCAUCAAACCUUACUGAAGGUUCUUGCCCAGUCAGCGAUGUUAAUGCAUUUGAGAGCACAGUGGAUUCAUCUAGUCUUCUUGCAGCCUGUGGGAAGAUUGACACUGUUAAUGAAUGUUGCAAGCAAGUUUGUGAGAAUGCUAUAGCAGAAGCAGCUGGGAAGCUGGCUGUAAAAGCUUAUGAUCUUAUGAGCAUGGGUGGCUCUCAUGCACUAGCUGACCACUCAACUCGAAUAAAUGAUUGCAGAACUAUAGUACUUCGAUGGCUGGCAAGUAAACUUGAUCCUUCUCAUGCAAAAGAAGUUCUUAGAGGGCUAUCUAAUUGCAAAAUUAAUAAAGUGUGUCCUCUGGUUUUUCCAAACAUGAGCCAUGUUAUAAAGAGCUGUGGGAGUGAAUUGCAUGACCAGAGAGCUUGCUGCAAGUCAGUGGAGAGUUAUGUGUCUCAUUUGCAAAACCAAAGUUUUGUUACCAACUUGCAGGCUUUAAAUUGUGCUGCAUCACUGGGACUUAAAUUACAGAAAGCAAAUAUUACCAAAAAUAUUUAUAAUCUCUGUCGUGUCAGUCUCAAAGACUUCUCAGUCCAAGUUACCCCGCAAGGUGUAGAAUCUGGAUGCCUUUUGCCUAGCUUGCCAUCAGAUGCAGUAUUUGACAGUGCUACUGGUCUGAGCUUCCUCUGUGAUCUGAAUGACAAUAUUCCAGCUCCCUGGCCUGCUCCUUCUCAAUUACCAGCUUCAUCAUGCAAUAAGACUGUCAAAAUUCCCGCACUUCCUGCUGCAGCAUCUGGGCAAAGCAGCAUCUGUAGUGCGGACCAAGCAUCCCAUGCGCUUUUUGUAGUCUUGGCCAUAUUUGCACUUCUGAUGAAAAUUUAAUUGGCCAUUCUUGUCUGUUGAAUUACCUGAGAGGAGGAUCUACACCUUGCAACUUGAAGAAUUGUACCAAUCCUGGGGCACGAAGAACAUCAUGUGAAAGUUGAAGCAGAGGAGGAUUCUGCCAAAUAUCAUGCUACUAAUUGGGCUUUGACCGGUACACAGAGAAAAAACUUAGCUACCGGGUGAAAAUGAACUUUGAAGUUACUGCAAAGGCAUAUAUAAAUAUAUAUAUAUACAUACCUAUUACUACUACAGUAUAGCAUCCAUUCUUGCAAGUUCAUGUAAUAAAAAAUUUUGUAAAGUUUUUACAAGUCGAGGAUGUUAAUGUAAUUAUCACCUCUGAAAGUGUCUCUGUAGAUCUGCAACACUGGGAAAACAAUAUAUAUGUAUGUAUGUUGUGAACUAAUGCAUGUAUAGUAAGGUUCUUGCUGAGUUGUGGCUGCA